CACGCCGCUCUGUCCGGAAACCGCAUAUUCUAUGGUUAGGAGGCCUCCUUCCACCCUCCAGUACCGCUCUGGCAGCAGCUCUCGAUGGUUCGCAGGCUCCUCUCCAGGGCGGGUCCCCGCGGGAGGCGGGGUGGAGCCCUCGUCAGGAGGGACCGUCUGUGCUUCGGGGCUGCCUGGCAGACCUCCUGCACUGCAACUUGAGACCAUUGCUGCUUGUUCUGUCGAUACAAUUACUGCAAGUAUGUGGUGCCACAGGUUGACGCAUCUAUUCUCCAGCACCCGGUGCCUGCUGAAUAGAGGCAGUGGACACCAAAUAUCAUGGCAGCCCCGUUACAGAAAGAGCCUCCCUGCUGUAUCCCGUUGGCACCAUAUGGCCCCAGCGUCUCUGAACUGUGCCUGGCAAUUACAUGGUGAUCAUUUAGAGCUCAGGUAUGCAGAGACCCGGAUGCGCUUUGAUUACGUGUGGCUGCGUGAUCACUGCCGCUCAGCAUCCUGCUACAACACCAAGACCAACCAGCGCAGCCUAGACACAGCUAGUGUGGAUCUGUGCAUCAAACCAAAGACUGUCCGAGUGGAUGAGACCACGCUCUUUCUAACAUGGCCAGAUGGUCAUGUGACCAGGUAUGGGUUAGAGUGGCUGGUGAAGAACAGCUAUGAGGGUCAGAAGCAGCAGGUCAUGCAUCCUCGAAUUCUCUGGAAUGCUGAGAUCUAUCAGCAAGCCCAGGUGCCCUCCGUGGACUGCCAGAAUUUCCUGGAGACAAAAGAGGGGCUGAAAGAAUUCCUGCAAAACUUCCUGCUGUAUGGCAUUGCUUUUGUAGAAAACGUCCCCCCGACCAAAGAGGACACGGAAAUCUUAGCAGAGAGGAUCAGCUUGAUCAGGGAGACCAUCUAUGGUAGAAUGUGGUAUUUCACCUCUGACUUCUCCCGGGGAGACACAGCAUACACAAAACUGGCUCUGGAUCGUCACACUGACACCACCUACUUCCAGGAGCCCUGUGGUAUCCAGGUGUUCCACUGCCUCAAGCACGAAGGGACAGGUGGCAGGACGCUGCUGGUGGAUGGCUUCUACGCAGCAGAGCAGGUUCUCCAGCGAGCUCCUGAAGAAUUUGAGCUCCUCACCAAGGUGCCGCUGAAACAUGAGUACAUUGAGAAUGUUGUGGGCUGUCACAACCACAUGAUUGGGGUUGGGCCAGUUUUGAAUAUCUACCCCUGGAACAAUGAGCUCUAUUUGAUCAGGUACAAUAACUACGACCGAGCUGUCAUCAACACAGUGCCUUAUGAUGUUGUGCAUCGCUGGUAUGCCGCACAUCGCACACUCACCACAGAGCUACGGAGACCGGAAAACGAACUCUGGGUCAAACUGAAGCCAGGCAAGGCGCUGUUUGUGGAUAACUGGCGCAUCCUGCAUGGGCGGGAAUCGUUCACGGGAUACCGCCAGCUCUGUGGGUGCUACCUGACGAGAGAUGACAUGCUAAAUACUGCACGCUUCCUGGGGCUGCAAGCUUAACAUAGACUGUCAGCAGCAGAGAGACAGCAAAACCUGUCAGCUACAGUGCUCCUGGAACUUUGUGUCACCAGAAUGAACAUGUUUUAAAUACCUCAAACACUCCCAUCCCUGCCAAAUAAUUCUUGGUGCCUGGGGGAAUGGGCAGGAGUUAAGGGUCACCAGAGCUUUACCUGAUUGUCAGCUAUGGUGCAGAGGGGGAGAUCUCUCUUGCUCCCCACCCCCAUGGCCUUCAGCACAGGCUGACUCAGCUUGAGAAGGAAGAAGCCAAGGAACUGAGUUGCAGCUGGAAAUGCUCACGCACACCAGCUGAUGCAAAAUUCCAAUCAAGUGCCUUCUGGAUUUUAAAUGAGGUGGCAAAGCCCUCACGUUCCCCUAGGUGUUUUUGUCAGCAGCCUUCCAGGAUUUGUUGCACGUGGUAGGCCAGAGUAGCUAUUUGCCUUGUAUUGACCCUGAGCUAGACCUUUUUCCAGCUCGAGAGAGAACAAGAGGAUCUCUUUGGUCCUGCUUGAUGUAAUGCAAACACCAAGUUACUCCAGUGUGAGUUUCUCUUCUCUUUUCUGCUCCUUAAACUCCUCCCCUGGCCCCACCUGUGUGCAUGCAUUUCGGGGCAGAUACAAUGUCAUCCUUCUCCAGUCAUUGAAGGCAAACUGUGCUGACUGGCCCAAAUGGAUCAGCCAGUGUAGUAUGGAACCUCGCCACGGAGAUCUGUGGGGAAGGAGGAGAAGUGAGAGAGAUCUGGGAGGGAGCAAGGUGCGGUUCAUCAGGCAGCAGUGCAAGGCAAGGGCAAUAUUUCCCACACUCCUCUUUGGCUUGAACAGCAGCAGGCUUGUCUCCACAGUUCCCGCAGCCUGCUGCGUUACCUGGUCAGAGCUUCCCUGCAUGUGUUUCUUGCAGACUUGCUGCUUGGGCCUUUCUGUUCUCUCUGCCUAAGGGCUACAGGCUUUAUUUGAGAGGGAGUGGAAUUCAUUAAUUCCUUCACAGCCUGGGGGAUGUUAUGUCAGGAUUUUGUUGGAAUGGCAGUCAUGUUUGCACAUGGCAAAGUGCUACCAGAUUUCCCGAGUCCGAAUCUCUGUAUUUCAAAGAGAAGCACUGUGGGUAACACAGCCAGUGACACUCCAACUUCUCUCCAGUGGGGCCAGCUGCUCCCAGCAGCACUUGUUACUAGGUAAGGCUCUGCCACUUCAGGAAGCCCAAACACCCAGGACUCAGACUAGAGCAAGGGAGAAAUUGCUUCAAGGUUAUUGAUGAGAGACUGGAGUGAAACCUGUGCCUUUCUGAUAGGGAACAGGGGUAUGGUAGGUGCAAGCUCCUCUGGACCCAGCAGACUGAAUAGAUGGGUGACACCAGUCUACCCAGGAGCAACUCUACUGGAAACUGAACCCUCCUCCCUAACUUGCCGGAAGUGACUAUACACUUUCCAGUAUAAUGAUGUGGUCCUGAUUUGUUUUCCCCUUGAAGCACAUGGUGGGGAAAGCUACCAGGAAUGUGUAAGCUUCUGAAACAUAUUUUCCUGCAUGUCCUUUUCAACUUCUCUUAACCUCCCUUCCCCAGCAACAAAGGUGGAGGGGAGAGAAUUUGGUUUAAUCUUCCUCACCACCCUUCCCCAGAUCUUAAGGAGUUGGAAUUUCUUCUGAGCAACUUGCUGGAGUCAAGUAUUAUUUGGGGAAACAGUAUUUCUUAGUCACACACUAGCAAUUUGUCAAAUCUAUGCAUUUGUCUGAAUGCCAUGUCUGGAACAGUCUGUUCAUAAUGAUGUUCUUUGAUCAGUCUUUGUACUCAAGCUUUUCAAGCUCAUUUUUGGCUAAUAAAAUAGGAAUUGCUUCUUUUUUUCA